AUGCUCAUUUCGCCUCGUUUUCUGCGCCUACGCCCGCGCGUGCUGCUGCUCUCCGCCGUCGUCUUCUGCGCCAUUGCUUUUUCUGUUCUUUCCAGGACGCGCGGCCCGCGGUUCCUGAAUCAAGCGAGCAUUCGUCAGAGAUUUCCCCUGGCCUGGGAGCACAUUCAGCAGUUCAACCGCACUGCCGGUGGAGCCUGGUUCGUCCCCCCGUCAUGGCAGGGGAACCACCCCGAGCCAGCAAAUAUCCUCGACGCCGCCAAGUUCGCUUCCGAAGCCGCCAAGCUCAGUCCUCAGCGACAAGUGCCCUACUCGAAUAUCCCCCUUGUCGUCCAUCAAAAAUGGAACGACGUCGACUUGAGCAGAUUGAACAGCCAUCUUCUAGGAUACAUUGAACGAUGGCUCGAGUACUCUGUUUCCGCAAAUGAUACCUUUCGCGAGAUGGCGUAUUUUUUCUGGGCCGACGACGGCGUCGCCGCCUUGGUGAAGAGCUAUGAGCCUGAUUUUGUGCACGACUUUGAAACCAUGUUUUCGAGAGUGGAAAUGGUGGACAUUUUCAGGGUAUUGGUGUGCAAGUGGUUUGGUGGUAUUUACGGCGAUGUCGACACCGUGCCCCUCAAACACCCCGCCGACUGGAUCCAGAAGAAGGACAUCACGCCGUGGACCGACGACGAAACCGGCAAGACAUACGGCCAUGUAUUGCCCACGGGGGAUGAUGCCGAUGUCGAGCUUGCCAACACCAGGCCCGUCAACCUUCUCUGGGGGCUCGAGGCGGAUACGGACCCGAAUACCAAUCAGUUCUGGCGCAUGGGAUACACACAUCCUGUGCAGCUGACGAAUUGGGCCAUGGCAUCUGCCCGUCAGCAUCCCAUUCUGCACCGAUUCCUUGACGGCUUGAAGGAGAAGCUGGCCCGGGAGAAGCAAGCUGCGUUGCAACAGACAGGCAACGGCGAGAAACCCGAGGUACACGAUCCCCUGACGCGCACCGGCCCGGCCGCCGUGACGGAAGCCACCAUUGUUUGGCUCAAGAAGCAAGUCGGACUGCGGUGGAACGCAAUGACGGGUCUCAAAGACGGGGGGCGGUCCAAGUUGGCGUCGGAUGUUCUUGUUUUGCCCAUUACUGGCUUCAGCCCUGGACGUGGCAGUUUCGGCAACAUGGGCUCCAAGCCAUAUACCGACCCCGACGCCCGCCUUGCCCACCACGCCAUGGGAUCGUGGCACAAGUUUGAUGCUCGUGUCGAAUACGGCAAGUUUUGUCGCACCUUUUUCGGCAUGUGCAAAGACUGGAGCAAGAUGCCGUCGUGGAAGUAG